AUGGCACUGACCAGGAUCCAUCAAAGACUCAAUCCUGAACCUGAACCCAGCUGUGUGUCCUUUAAAAGUGAAUGGUCCAAGGAUCUUCCUGUUAAAUUUAAAGCAGCCCACCCUUCAUCAACUGAGAGGAUCCAUCAGAGACCUGAACCUGAACCCAGUUGUGUGUCAUUUAAGAGUGACUGGUCCAAGGAUCUUCCUGUUAAAUUUAAACCAGCCCAACUUUCAGAAACAGACAGGAUCCAUCAGAGACUUGAACCUAAACCCAGCUGUGUGUCCUUUAAGAGUGACUGGUCCAAGGAUCUUCCUGUUAAAUUUAAACCAGACCAACCUUUAAAAACAGACAGAGUGGAUCAGCAGAGCUCAGAGGGUUCCAGUGGUCCAUCUGCCCAGCAGCACCAAACACAAGUGGACUCCAUAUUUAUGCUGCUGGAGGACAACAUUGUCACUUUUGUGAAGAACGAGUUGAAGAAGAUCCAGAAAAUGUUGAGUCUAGAUGAUCCAGAAUGCCCAGAGAGUCAGAGAGAUGAUGAGCAGGUGUUGGAAGGUGAAGAUGAAGACCAGAGAUGGGAUACAAGAGAGGCAGUGAUGAAGAUCACCCUAAAGUUCCUAAGGAGGAUGAAGCAGGAGGAGUUGGCUGACCAUCUUCAGAGUAAACAUAUUGCUGCAGUUUGUCAACGCGAACUUAAAUCUGGUCUGAAGAAGAAGUUCCAGUGUGUGUUUGAGGGGAUUGAUAAAGGAGGAAGUCCAACCCUUCUUAACCAGAUCUACACAGAGCUCUACAUCACAGAGGGAGGGACUGGAGAGGUCAAUGAUGAACAUGAGGUCAGACAGAUUGAAACAGCAUCCAGGAAACCACACAGACCAGAAACAACAAUCAGACAAGAAGACAUCUUUAAAGUCCCACCUGGAAGAGAUCAACCAAUCAGAACAGUGAUGACAAAGGGAGUGGCUGGCAUUGGGAAAACAGUCUUAACACAGAAGUUCACUCUGGACUGGGCUGAAGACAAAGCCCACCAGAACAUCCAGUUCAUAUUUCCAUUCACUUUCAGAGAGCUGAAUGUGCUGAAAGAGAAAAAGUUCAGCUUGGUGGAACUGAUUCAUAACUUCUUUACUGAAACCAAAGAAAUCUGCAGCUUUGAGCACUUUCAGGUUCUGUUCAUCUUUGAUGGCCUGGAUGAGAGUCGACUUCCUCUGGACUUCCACAACAAGGAGAUCCUGACUGAUGCUACAGAGUCCACCUCAGUGGAUGUUCUGCUGACAAACCUCAUCAGGGGCAAACUGCUUCCCUCUGCUCUCCUCUGGAUAACCACACGACCUGCAGCAGCCAAUCAGAUCCCACCUGAGUGCGUUGGCAUGGUAACAGAGGUCAGAGGGUUCACUGACCCACAAAAGGAGGAGUACUUCAGGAAGAGAUUCAGACAGACAAAAGAGGCCAGCAGGAUCAUCUCCCACAUGAAGACAUCACGAAGCCUCCACAUCAUGUGCCACAUCCCAGUUUUCUGCUGGAUCACUGCUACAGUUCUGGAGGAUGUGCUGGAGAUCAGAGAGGGAGGAAAGCUUCCUAGCACCCUGACUGAGAUGUACAUCCACUUCCUGGUAGUUCAGACCAAAGUGAAGAAGGUCAAGUAUGAUGGAGGAGCAGAAAAAGAUCCACACUGGAGUCCAGAGAGCAGGAAGAUGAUUGAGUCUCUGGGAAAACUGGCUUAUGAUCAGCUGCAGAAAGGAAACCUGAUCUUCUAUGAAUCAGACCUGACAGAGUGUGGCAUCGAUAUCAGAGCAGCCUCAGUGUACUCAGGAGUGUUCACACAGAUCUUUAGAGAGGAGAGAGGGCUGUACCAGGACAAGGUGUUCUGCUUCGUCCAUCUGAGUGUUCAGGAGUUUCUGGCUGCUCUUCAUGUCCAUCUGACAUUCACCAAGUUCAGUGUAAAUCUCAUGGCUGAUAGACACAAAGCCUUCAAGAUAUCUUCAUUGUUUAAAAAGCAACCUAAAAGGCAAAAUCUUUAUCGGAAUGCCAUUGACCAGGCCUUACAGAGUCCAAAUGGACACCUGGACUUGUUCCUCCGUUUUCUGCUGGGACUCUCACUGCAGACCAAUCAGAGACUCCUACAAGGUCUGCUGACACCGACAGAAAGUAGCUCACAGACCAAUCAUAAAACAGUUCAGUACAUCAAGAAAAAGAUCAGUGAGAAUGUGUCUGCAGAGAAAAGCAUCAAUCUGUUCCACUGUCUGAAUGAACUGAAUGAUCGUUCUCUAGUGGAGGAGAUCCAACAGUCUCUGAGUUCAGGAAGUCUCUCAACAGAUAAAUUGUCUCCUGCUCAGUGGUCAGCUCUGAUCUUCAUCUUACUGUCGUCAGGAAAAGAUCUGGAUGUGUUUGAUCUGAAGAAAUACUCUGCUUCAGAGGAGGUUCUUCUGAGGCUGCUGCCAGUGGUCAAAGCCUCCAGCAAAGCUCUAUGGGAGGAAGGAACGUGGAGGAGGAAGGAGAGAGCACCUCCUGCUGCCUAUAGGGGGCAGCUCUUGGUUUUUACGACUCGCCCAAUGGCGUGGGAUCCGUAUCCAGAUGAUGAGGGGGACUGGACUACGGUCCGUUAUUACCGGGGCAGACAGCGCACCUGGCAACCGGCCGACCGACAGCGCUACAGACCCCCGCAGCAGCAGCAGUACCGGGGACGCAGCUACGCCUCCGCCGUCCGAGCCCGCCCCACGAGCCGCAGCCGAAGCUACCGUCCUCCACGGUACCAUCCCCAGCCGUACAGACAGCCCCGCCCCCGCUCUCGUAGCUGGCACCGAAGCUCAGCGCAGCAGCAGCAGCAGCGGCGGCAGCGCUACGCACCUAGGGUGCAGAGCCGGGACGAGCACCAACGAUCGGACGACCCGCUCUUCACAGUAAAGGUCAGGGCUCUGCACAAGCUGCUAAAGGCGACACACCACCUCCAGAACGUGUCCAGGAAUGACCGUGAUCCGCCUGCAAUCCAGCGCAUCACGGCUAACCUGGCGUCUGUGAUAAAGCCGGCUCAUCCCAGUCCUAAGACGCUGGAGCUGAUCGACGGCAACGCUAGAGAAUGGUCGUGGAACACGAUCCUCAUCUUGCGCCAACACUAUGAAGAGGUGCGUGCAGCGGAGAAACAGCUUCUCCAGGACCUCGGCGGGGACCUGCUGGCUCCGCUGGAGGUGGCAGUAAAGUGGGCAAAACGCAAUCUGGGCAGCAGAUUCAACCCAGAAACAGCAGAUGAGGUCCAGAUCUACCUGCUCAAGAGGGAGAAAAGGGCAGCCUCACCUUGCUCUUCUUCCUCCUCCUCAUCUUCUGCCUCCUCGACUCCCCCGCCAGCCCCUCGCCCCCCUCCUCCUCCAUCCUCCUGCUCAUCUGCUAGCUGUCCAGGACGUAGAGACCAGGCGGUGGACACAGAAGAGGACCUGGAUGGACCUCUCCCUCCUCCCUCUGCCACGCCCCCUCCCUCUCCGCCCCCCCGCCCUGUCAUGACAACCACUGCAACCAUGACAGAGCCCACGCAUGGCGGCUGGACCCCACCAGGCUCAACUGAGGAGGACAACGAGACGGCCACGCCCCUUCCGCCACCGACUGAGGACGCCACCCCGCUCCCUCAGCGACAGGACAGAGCUCACAGCAGGAACACCGCACCUGCACCACAGGGGCCCCUUCCCCCUCCCCCUCUCUGUCCUUCUCCACCAAAAAGGGCAGCACCCCCUAAAAGAACAGAGAGAGAGCUCACCUCGGUCGCUGACCUGCUCAAGGAGGAGGUCAAAAAGUACCGGGGUGCAGCUUCAGCUCCUCUACUGUUCCAGGCCUCCGACCUGGCCCAGCAGGAACGCAGGGCUUCACUGAGGCCGAGGACGGUCCCCCUUCACCUCAGACUGCAGGUCAGCACUCAACGGAGGCUCACCUUUGACCCUAGGGUUGAAACAUCGGCUCCAGCGGCUUCCUCUUCCACCGGUGAGUCCACUGCUCUUCGACCUGCACAGGUGACGGCCGCAGCUAGACAGGUGGGAACCCUGAACAAGAACCGCAACUGGUCUCUAGAUCUGACCAAAAAAUAUGUCAUCCUGGGUGACUCCAAUGUGGCUAGAUUUCCAGCCUCUGAUAACCCAGAUCUACAGGUGGUCAGCUUCCCUGGGGCCAGAUGGAGGCAUCUGACCCACCUGUUUGCGAGGGCACCGGUGAUGAACCAGGUGGAGCGCAUGAUUCUCUCUCUGGGCAUCAAUCAUAGAGCCCAGAGGGACAAGAGAGCAGCAGUGAGGGAAAUGAAGACAGCGCUGAGGACGGCUAGGAUCAAGUGUCCCAACGCGGAGAUUUUUGUCCCUGCCAUCAACUUCUCCCUGGCGCUGCCCGUCCAAGAACAGAUGACCCUCACUCACAUAAACAUCGAGAUCGCGCAGCUCAGCCGGUUCAUCCCAGCCCUGCCUAGACGGUCCUUUACAGUUAAAGGCACGGCCAUGGGUAAGAAAUUUGCACCGGCCUAUGCCAACAUUUUCAUGGCCGAGUGGGAGACCGGUGCCCUUCGUACGUGCAGGAGGGCACCCCUGCACUACUAUCGAGUGAACCAGCAGAGCUCAGAGGUUCCCAGUGGUCCAUCUGACCAGCAGCAUCAAACACAUCUGGACUCCAUAUUUAUGCUGCUGGAGGACAAUAUUGUCGUGUUUGUGAAGAAUGAGCUGAAGAAGAUCAAGAAUGUUUUGAGUCAAGAUGACCCAGAAUGCUCAGGGAGUCAGAGAGAUGAGGAGGAGGUGGGAGGUGAGGAUGACGAGCAGAGGAAGAGCAGCAGAGAGGCAGUGAUGAAGAUCACACUGAACUUCCUGAGGAUGAUGAAGCAGGAGGAGCUGGCUGACCAUCUGCAAAAAAAAACAAUUCCUGCACCUUGUCAACUUAAAUCUAGUCUGCAGAAGAAGUUCCAGUGUGUGUUUGAGGGAAUUGCUAAAGCAGGAAGUCCAACCCUUCUGAACCAGAUCUACACAGAGCUCUACAUCACAGAGGGAGGAAAGGGAGAGGUCAAUGAUGAACAUGAGAUCAGACAGAUUGAAACAGCAUCCAGGAAACCACACAGAGCAGAAACAACAAUCAGACAAGAAGACAUCUUUAAAGUCCCACAUGGAAGAGAUCAACCAAUCAGAACAGUGAUGACAAAGGGAGUGGCUGGCAUUGGAAAAACAGUCUUAACACAAAAGUUCACUCUGGACUGGGCUGAAGACAAAGCCCACCAGAACAUCCAGUUCAUAUUUCCAUUCACUUUCAGAGAACUGAAUGUACUGAAAGAGAAAAAGUUCAGCUUGGUGGAAUUUGUUCAUCACUUCUUUACUGAAACCAAAGAAAUCUGCAGCUUUGAAAACUUCCAGGUUCUGUUCAUCUUUGAUGGCUUGGAUGAGAGUCGACUUCCUCUGGACUUCCACAACAAGGAGAUCCUGACUGAUGUUACAGAGUCCACCUCAGUGGACGUUCUGCUGACAAACCUCAUCAGGGGGAAACUGCUUCCCUCUGCUCUCCUCUGGAUAACCACACGACCUGCAGCAGCCAAUCAGAUCCCUUCUGAGUAUGUUGGCAUGGUGACAGAGAUCAGAGGGUUCAGUGACCCACAGAAGGAGGAGUACUUCAAGAAGAGAUUCAGAGAUGAGGAACAGGCCAGCAGGAUCAUCUCCCACAUGAAGACAUCACGAAGCCUCCACAUCAUGUGCCACAUCCCAAUCUUCUGCUGGAUCACUUCUACAGUUCUGGAGGAUGUGUUGGAGACCAGUGAGGGUGGAGAGUUGCCCAACACCCUGACUGAGAUGUACAUCCACUUCCUGGUGGUUCAGACCAAAAUGAAGAAGGUGAAGUAUGAGGGAGGAGCCGAAACGGAUCCACAUUGGAGUCCAGAGAGCAGGAAGAUGAUUGAAUCUCUGGGAAAACUGGCUUUUGAUCAGCUGCAGAAAGGAAACCUGAUCUUCUAUGAAUCAGACCUGACAGAGUGUGGCAUUGAUAUCAGAGCAGCCUCAGUGUACUCAGGAGUGUUCACACAGAUCUUUAAAGAGGAAAGAGGGCUGUACCAAGACAAGGUGUUCUGCUUCGUCCAUCUGAGUGUUCAGGAGUUUCUGGCUGCUCUUCAUGUUCAUCUGACAUUCAACAACUCUGGGGUCAACCUGAUGGAAGAAACACAAACAUCUAAAAUGUCUUUAAAAUGUAAGAUUUUAGAAACAAAGUCCAUCCAUCAGAGAGCUGUUGAUCAGGCCUUGCAAAGUCCAAAUGGACACCUGGACUUAUUCCUACGCUUCCUCUUGGGACUUUCACGGCAGACCAAUCAGAGACUCCUACAAGGUCUGUUGACGCAGACAGGAAGUAGCUCACUGACCAAUUACAAAACAGUUCAGUACAUCAAGGAGAAGAUCAGUGAGAAUGUGUCUGCAGAGAAAAGUAUCAAUCUGUUCCACUGUCUGAAUGAACUGAAUGAUCGUUCUCUAGUGGAGGAGAUCCAGCAGUCUCUGAGUUCAGGAAGUGUCUCCAAAGAUAAACUGUCUGCUGCUCAGUGGUCAGCUCUGAUCUUCAUCUUAGUUUCGUCAGGAGAAGAUUUGGAUGUGUUUGAUCUGAAGAAAUACUUUGCUUCAGAGGAGGUUCUUCUGAGACUGCUGCCAGUGGUUAAAGCCUCCAACAAAGCUCAACUGAGCCUCUGUAACCUUUCAGAGAGAAGCUGUGAAACUCUAUCUUCAGUUCUCAGCUCCCAGUCCUCCAGUGUCCGAGAACUGGACCUGAGUAACAAUGACCUGAAGGAUUCAGGAGUGAAGCUUUUAUCUGGUGGACUGAAGAGUCCAACCUGCAAACUGGAAUCUCUCAGCUUGUCAGGCUGCCUGAUCUCAGAGGAAGGCUGUGUUUCUCUGGUCUCAGCUCUGACCUCCAACCCCUCCCAUCUGAAAGGGUUGGACCUGAGCUACAAUCAUCCUGGAGGCUCAGGAUUGAAGCUGCUAUUGGCUGGACUGAAGGAUCCACACUGGAGACUGGAAUUUCUCAGGGUGGAGCCUGCUGGAGUCCAAUGAUUGACACCAGGUCUGAGGAAGUAUUCCUGUGAACUCAUCAUUGACACAAACACAGUGAGCAGAGAGCUUCAACUGUCUGAAGACAACAGGGCGGUGACAUGGGUGAAGGAGCUUCAGUCAUAUCCUGGUCAUCCAGACAGAUUUGAUAAUCCUCAGCUGCUGUGUAGAACUGCUGUUAGUGGUCGCUGUUACUGGGAAGUUGAGUGGAGAGGCGCAGUUUAUAUAUCAGUGACUUAUAGAGGAAUUAGGAGGAGUGGAGUGAAUAGAGACUGUUGGUUUGGAGAGAAUGAUCAGUCCUGGUGUCUGGGAUGUUCUCAUUUUCAUGGUUACUCUGUUUGGCACAAUAACAAAGAAACACAAAUCUCUUCCUCUGUCUCUAACAGAGUAGCAGUGUAUGUGGACUGGCCUGCUGGCAUUCUGUCUUUCUACAGAGUUUCCUCUGACUCACUGAUCCACCUCCACACCUUCAACACCACAUUCACUGAACCUCUGUUUCCUGGAUUUGGGUUCUGGUUCUCUGGUUCCUCAGUGUUUCUGUGCUGAGUUGAGUCCAAAGAGUCUAAAGAGUCUCCUCCUGUCAGAGAAACUCACUCACUGUUGAACAGAUAGUUCAGUCUCUCCAUGUCUUGUCUCUUUCACUCAGAAACAUUAUUUCAGAUUCAUGGAUUGGAUGUUUCCUUUUUAAAGUCUUCUAAAUAAUUCCUAAUAAACUUCUUCAUCUUUCAGUCCUUAAAAGAUGGAAUAAAGAAUUGUUCCAGGAUCAACAAUUCUCUGUUGAAAAGUUUCUCUGUUUCCAGUCAAAACUUCACACAAAAUAUUAGGAUGUUGUGUUUCUUGUUUUUUUUCUUUCAUUCAUGAGUCAGUUUUUAUUGAAAUGUUGGGCAUUUUUUCCCUCAUUCACUGGACAUUAUCUGUUUUUGUCAUCAAGCCCUGACUGAAUGAAUAGACUCAUCAUUAUAACCUAUUUAUGUCACGUUAACAAUGAACAGCCAAAAGGUUACCGGGUUUAUCAACUGUGGUAGCAACUUCACUCCAACUAAUCUCCUUGUCAUUACUGAAAAUAUUCUUUGCACGAAAUGUUGAAUGAACAGUCAUGUUGUUUCCACAUGUCACCUCCGAUGUCCACUGCGCCAUGUCAGAUGUUUGGGAUUCCUCUCCGUGGUUUCUGGGGGGAAAGCAGGGGAAUCCGUGCUUUCUGACUGAUUGACUAAAGCAACCCGGGCUUCCUUAACACACUUAAAUAAGCAAAUACUGAGAGAAUAUACUGUACAAUAAGUAAACAUGUGUCUUAAUGUUUUUCUGUUGUUAUUUAAUGCACCUGUAAUAAAGCCAGCACAGACGUUUA